AGCUCCGCCGGCUCAAAUCCGUGGAAAGGGACUCCUCCGCCUCGCCGACCUGAGUCGACCGCUGCGCAGCAAUGGCCCUGCUUCGGAACGCGGCGAGGAUCGCGCGCGCUGGGCUGCCGCUGGCACGCGGCGCGCCGGCCGCCUCCCCGAUCGGCUCCGUGCGCUGCUUCAUGGCGCCGUCCGCCCCGCGCCUGGGGCACAACCUGGAGGACCACUACGACAUGGCGGAGUUCAUGUGCAAGAUGCACAGCCCGCUCGGAGAGUACCUCGUCUGGGCGCUGAUGUUCAGCACCUUCGGCGUCACCUUCGUGCCGAUGCUCCACUCGAACUACUACUUCACGGGCCGCUUCCUGCCCAAGGACCAGGGCAACACCCAGCUGUGCGACGACAGUUGGUAGGACCCGUGCAGCGGCCGAAGGACUGAGGGCACCGCGGGCACGCGCAACGGUUUGGUGGACGCGGGCCGUCCACACGCACCCGUCCUGGCCACGCCGAUGCCCAGCCAGGGGUCCGUGCACGGCAGGUCCGUGUCGCGUCGACGCGGCAAAGAGCCCGCCGCGGGCGUUCAAGGGUCCUGGAGAUCCGACGGCGCAUGGAUUCACAAACUUGGGCAUGACGUAUGGCACUGUACGUGUCCUUUGCCUCCUCUACCCUCCUGUGCGCUGUAGCAGAGCGAGCCUUGCUGUCCCGAGGCAGCGCGUUGCUGCCUGUUUCGGCCAGCCGGCAGGGCACACCUCGCGCGUAUUUGUUCGCAGAUGGCAGAUGGUAGCACCACAAGCCUGGCUUCGUUCGAUCAUUCCUCUCUGGUCCCUUGGCCCGCGUCAGCAUCUGCACCUGCAUAUUCCGCUGCAAGCGGGCGGGAGGCGCCGGAGAGCGGCCGCGGAGGAGGGGGCCCACGGGGCGCGCCGCGCCGGGAGCGCGCGGCUCCC